UUACCCCAAAUUUCUCUCUCUUCCGUUUCUCUCCUUCCCACACAGACACACACUCUCUCUAACCCCAACACGGUUUUGACUACCAAAAGCUUUUCAUAUUUUUCUUUCCUUUAUUAUUUUCAUAAUUUUCCGGAAAUAGAAAACAUAUUUUCUCUCUCUGUGUUCCUGUGUCCUUCUCUCUCUCUCACCAUCGUUCUUGAUCCAUGGAAGAGGAACUUCACAACCCAGAAGAAAGUUGAUUCCUUGGGGCGAGAAUCGGAUACCCAAUUGGCUGGAGCUUCCAAUGCGGGCUAGGAGGAGACCCGAGAACGACCGGGGUGGAUCUGAUGAUGGUGGGUUUUGCAGGGACAUGGGUGAUGAAGAUGGUUUCAGGCGGAUGUAGGGUUGUUGUAGGGGGCAACGAUCUGGUCGUGGUGCGGCAGCAUAGACGACGAUGCAGCUUCACUUCUCGCCUAGCAUGAGAAGCAUCACGAUAUCGAGCAACAAUGGGAUUAUUGACUUGAUGAGGAUCAAGGUAGCAGCUUGCCACAUUUCCUAUCGAACCCUCUUCCACACCAUCCUCAUCCUUGCUUUCUUGUUGCCCUUUGUCUUCAUUCUCACCGCUCUUGUUACCCUUGAAGGUGUCAACAAGUGCUCCUCUUUUGAUUGUUUAGGUAGGCGUUUAGGACCAAGGCUUCUUGGUAGGGUUGAUGAUUCAUCGAAGAGACUAGUUAGAGAUUUUUACAAGAUCCUCAACGAAGUAAAGACCGGGGAAAUACCACUUGCUCUAGAUCUGCCUGAUUCGUUUGAGCAACUGGUUUCUGAUAUGAAGAGUAAACAAUAUGAUGCAAAAACAUUUGCCUUCUUGUUAAGAGGAAUGAUGGAGAAAUUUGAGAGAGAUACCAGAGAAGCUAAAUUUGCAGAGUUGAUGAAUAAGCACUUUGCAGCAAGUUCAGUCCCUAAAGGGAUUCAUUGUCUGUCUUUGCGUUUGACUGAUGAAUAUUCCUCAAAUGCCCAUGCACGCAAACAACUGCCUCCGCCAGAGUUACUACCUACACUGUCUGACAACUCUUACCACCAUUUUGUUGUUUCAACCGAUAACAUCUUGGCCGCAGCUGUAGUUGUUAGUUCUACUGUGCAUUCAUCUCAGAAUCCUGACAAAAUAGUCUUCCAUGUCAUCACUGACAAAAAAACUUAUGCGGGCAUGCACUCAUGGUUUGCACUAAAUCCCAUCACUCCUGCUAUAGUUGAAGUCAAAGGCAUUCACCAGUUUGAUUGGUUGACGAGAGAAAAUGUUCCAGUACUUGAAGCCGUAGAAAAUCAAAAUGGGAUAAGGAAUUACUACCAUGGGAAUAAUUUUGCCAGAAACAAUCCCAGUGAAACCAAUCCACAGAAAUAUGCCUCAAAAUUGCAGGCCAGAAGUCCAAAGUAUAUAUCUUUACUCAAUCAUCUCCGCAUUUACUUACCUGAGCUUUUUCCAAACCUUGACAAAGUGGUUUUUUUGGAUGAUGAUGUUGUGGUUCAACAUGACUUGUCUCCGCUUUGGGAAAUUAAUCUGACUGGAAAAGUUAAUGGAGCUGUGGAAACUUGCAGAGGCGAUGAUGAGUGGGUAAUGUCUAAGCAUUUUAGGAACUACUUCAAUUUUUCCCAUCCCCUAAUUGCACAACAUUUGGACCCUGAUGAGUGUGCUUGGGCUUAUGGGAUGAAUGUAUUUGAUCUGCGUGCAUGGAGAUCAACAAACAUUAGAGAAACAUAUCAUACCUGGCUGAAGGAGAAUCUGCGGUCAAACCUGACGAUGUGGAAGCUUGGAACCCUUCCACCUGCUUUGAUUGCAUUUAAAGGUAAAGUUCACCCUAUUGACCACUCUUGGCACAUGCUUGGCUUGGGUUAUCAGAACAAAACGGAUAUUGAGAGUGUGAAGAAGGCUGCUGUUAUUCAUUACAACGGCCAGUCGAAACCUUGGUUGCAAAUUGGCUUUGAACAUCUUCGGCCAUUUUGGACCAAGUAUGUCAAUUAUUCAAAUGAUUUUGUUAGAAACUGCCACAUCUUGGAUUCAUAGUCUGCCAUGAGAUGCACUAUGGUUUGAAACAACAGUGCAUGCAUACUACAAAAAGGGACGAGUAAAUACAGGUUUCAUCUAAAUUUUUGCGGCUUUGAGGUUUUCUUCAAGAUGAAUUUUGAGAAGUCAAUAGAAAAUUGGUUGAGAGGGCAAAGUUAUGAAGGACAUGGGGGGUGGAUUUGCUGCCACCCUCUAACAUUUUUGCAAACACAGUUGCCAUCCUGGCAUGGCCAUGAGAAUCAACAGUCUUGUUACAUACAAACACGUCCUAUAUAUUUGGUUGGUGAAAGGAUACUGUUAUUGGUCUUAUGUGGGGAUACUAUAUCAAAAAUUGCUUAGUGAAUGUUGGAGAAUAAACUCAAUGCUGAAGAUAAAAAAGGGUCAUACUCAUGUGCCUGUGUCAUCAAACUAGUUCAUUGUUGAGAACACAAGUGCUAGGACAGUUAAUCUGUGAGGUUCCCCACUAGUGCAGUGUUCUCCCCCCAUCAUUUUUUAGUUUGUUAAUUUUUGUUAGUACCAAUUUUUACAUUCACCCUAUUGGAUUUAAUAUCAUGAUGGUGAAUUGUAGGAGCAGUAGUUCUUGAGAUUGCUUUGUUACAGGUUCAUUGAAUUGGGGAAUUGUCUGUAGGAUAUAUCUAUUUCUAUAUUUGUUGCUAUUCGUUGUGUAUGAUUACAGACAUUGGAAAUGUGCAGAUAUUCUUUUUUACCC